GGCGCUGAGAGGGGCUGAAGAUGGCAGCGGAGCCUGGUACGACCGCGGUGCGGGAGCCGCACAGGUUUGACCAGGGAGCGCUGGAGAAAUACCUCUCCCGCCACUUGGCCGGGUUUCCUGUGCAGCCCCCCGACGCGCUGGCAGCCCGGCAGUACAGCUCAGGCCAGUCCAAUCCAACCUUUUACUUGCAGAAGGGUUUUAGGACAUAUGUGCUUAGGAAGAAGCCUCAUGGCCCUCUUCUGCCUAGAGCUCACAAGGUUGAGAGAGAAUAUCAUGUGCAGAAAGCAUUAUUUUCAGCUGGAUUUCCAGUUCCUGAGCCCCUACUGUAUUGCAGUGAUGUUUCUGUGAUUGGAACUGAAUUUUAUGUGAUGGAACAUGUACAGGGUCGCAUAUUCCGAGACAUCACACUACCUGAAGUCAGUCCAGCGGAGCGAUCUGCUUUGUAUGUUGCUAUGAUAGAAACCCUGGCCCGGUUGCACUCAUUCAGUUUGCAUUCAUUGGGUCUCCAAGGAUAUGGCAGAGGACCGGGAUACUGUAGGAGGCAGGUUACAACUUGGAAGAAACAGUAUGAUGCAUCUGCUCACGUAGACAUUCCUGCUAUGAACCAGCUGGCUGAGUGGUUAAUGAACAACUUGCCAGCUGGUGAUAAUGAGGAAAAUCUGAUUCAUGGAGAUUUUAGAAUAGAUAACAUCAUUUUCCAUCCAAGAGAGGCUCGUGUUGUGGCAGUCCUGGACUGGGAACUUUCAACCACUGGGCAUCAUUUAGCAGAUUUAGCUUAUACUGCUGCAUUUUACUUCUGGCCUAACACAAUUAAACAAUUAGGCCAAGGGGGUACCUUGAGUUUUAGAGAUACUGUAGGAAUUCCAUCAUUUGAAGAAUUGACUUCAGUUUACUGCCGCUGCAGGGGUAUUAGCACAGAUUUACCCAACUUGAAUUUCUUUCUUGCUCUUUCAUAUUUUAAAAUAGCUGGAAUAUGCCAGGGUGUAUAUGCUAGAUAUCUCCUUGGAAAUUCUUCUGCAGAGAAUAGUUAUGAGUUCGCUGAGAUGGUGAAACCCUUGGCAGAAACCGGAUUACUGCUCUCAAAAAGAACUUCUUUCACCAGUGAUGCACAACCCAGCAGUACAGGAGAGCUGUUCCAGCAAACUAAAAAAGGCCAGGAGGUUCUGCGGAAGGUGAAGCAGUUCAUGAAGCAGCACGUGUUUCCAGCUGAAAAGGAAGUGGUUGAGUACUAUGCCAGGGAUGAAAAUUCAUUGGACAGAUGGAAGAAACCUUCAGUGAUUGAGAAACUGAAGGAAAUGGCCAAAGCAGAGGGUCUGUGGAACCUCUUCCUGCCAGCCAUCAGUGGUCUGAGUCAGGUUGACUAUGCAUUAAUUGCAGAGGAGACAGGAAAAUGCUUCUUUGCCCCAGAAAUUUUCAAUUGUCAAGCACCAGAUACUGGAAACAUGGAGGUCCUGCAUUUGUAUGGGUCUGAAGAGCAAAAGAAACAGUGGCUUGAGCCUCUUCUUCAAGGGAAAAUUAGUUCUUGCUUCUGCAUGACAGAGCCUGAUGUUGCUUCGAGUGAUGCCACCAACAUGGAAUGCAGCAUUCAGCGAGAUGGAGAUAGCUAUGUAAUCAAUGGCAAGAAAUGGUGGAGCAGUGGGGCUGGGAAUACAAAUUGCAAAGUUGCAAUUGUGAUGGCCAAAAAUAAAAAUCUUUCUGCAUCCAGGUACAGACAGCACAGUAUGAUCAUAGUUCCACUGGACAUACCAGGCUUGAAACUUGUAAGACCUCUUUCCGUGUUUGGCUACCUGGAUCAGCCCCACGGUGGACAUUUUGAAAUACAUUUUAAUGAAGUGCGAGUACCUGCCUCCAAUUUAAUACUAGGUGAAGGAAGAGGUUUUGAGAUCGCUCAGGGUCGGCUUGGGCCAGGCCGUAUUCACCACUGCAUGAGAUCCAUAGGUACAGCUGAAUCUGCUGUACAGAUAAUGUGUGAGCGUGCAGCUCAGAGGGUGACCUUUGGGAAGAAACUGUACCAUCAUGAGGUUGUUGCCCAUUGGAUUGCUGAAAGCCGCAUCGCUAUUGAGCAGGCCCGAUUGCUUACACUGAAAGCAGCCAGCAGCAUUGAUACCAAGGGCAGUGCACAAGCAAGGAAAGAGAUAGCUAUGAUCAAGGUGGUUGCACCCAGAGCUGUCCUUAAAGUGCUGGACUAUGCAAUCCAAGUUUGUGGAGGAGCUGGAGUUUCUCAGGAUUUUCCUUUGGCUCGUAUGUUUGCCUUUAUUCGGACCCUGCGAAUAGCUGAUGGGCCUGAUGAAGUUCACCUCUCAGCAAUUGCAAAACUGGAACUACAGGACCAAGCCAAGCAACUGACCUCAAAGAUGUAAAAGUUUAGUCUAAUUGUACAAGAGCAUUACUGCUGUUUUAUGAGGAACACCUCUGAAUGACUUGGAGGGAAGGGCAACACUCAGGGUAUUUGAACUGAAAUUAUCUAUAUUUUUAAUAUUUACCAAAAUGUUAAUUUUCUACAUUCUUUACUGAUAAGUUUAAUAGUUCAAGGGUAACUUGAAUUUGUUUUGCUUAGAGGUACUUGUGUCCUAAGCUGUUAAAUAACAUUUUUCCAGUUAAUCUUCCAGCUAGUGACCUGAAAGGUUACUUUAUCAAGCCCUUAGUUGUUCUUAUGUCACUGAUGUUCUCUCAGUCCAGGCCUCUGUGAAGCUGUCUGUUUAUAGGGCACUGCAUCCAGCUAAAGCUUGCAGUUUACUGUUUAAGAUUUAAAGUGUCACUAAUGCAUUGAAUAAGUCUGAAUAAAAGAUUUCUCCCCCAACAGUCCAAUGCUGCUGCUUUGCUAAAGGAUCAACAGUGUUUAGGGAGACUCCAUUUCUUCUAGAUCUUUCCUAAAGGCAAAAAAUCUUGGACAAGUGUUGCUCAUACCACAAGCCAAAAAUGCCUUAAAUCUACCAAAUGAUCCAGCCCACCACAGACAAGUAAUAACUGUCUAUACCUUGUGUAAAGUCAAGUCGGCAGGAGUUGUGGGAGGAAUUAAGGAAACAAGACAAAGCUUUUGCUUGCUCUCAGAUUCUAGCCGGUUCUAAAGAAACACUUUCUGCAGCUCUUCAGCAGUGUAGUGACAGACAGGCAUCAUAUUUGACAUUGAAUAUUGAUUUUUACUAUGCAUCACUUAUUAACAUAUCAAGUUUUAGAAGGAACUAUUAGUUAGGGAGCAAGUGUUGCAGGCCACACAAACUCAGACCAGAAUGUGGGUAUUUAUUCAGCAAAGCUGAGCAAAGCCUCCACUGCUGCUACUCAUGCUAUUAAGCAUACACUGCUAUUUAUAUUCUGCUAGCUUGAUGAGUCUAUGCACAGGCAGAGGGAUCAUACCCAAGCUUGUAGUGUAGAGGUAGCCAUCCCCUAUGCCAAUGGCAUGUGUCUUCAGUAGACCAGACUGUGACCUCAGCAAAAUCAUACCACUGAAUAUUAAAGGACAGAUUCUUUCCUCAUGUGCACACGUUUACGGACAAAGGUAAAAUUUCAUCCAUCUGUUAGUUAUGGCCAUAAGAAUGACUUUACCCAGCUGAACUUAAUGAAUAUGGAAGGUCAAUGUUGUUAACAUUAUGCAUAACCUCAGCUAUUAGCAGUGUUUAGCUGUGUAUUGGACUACAUCUCCACCACUCCAGGCGGGGGUGACCCAGUACUUUUUUGUAUAAUUAAAAGAUCAAAGGGGCAAUAUAA